AGAAAGAUCUUUGCUGCUACCGCAGAUCACUGAAUACUGCCCAAUUUACAUGUGCAUGAACGUUUACAAUGGCGCCGAGUUAGCCUUAUAAUCAAUUAUUAUUAUUCAUACUCAUACACACCUUGCUCAUAGAAAAUCCAACCUUGUUCUGUCUACAUUUGAACUUUCAUUUUUUAUUUCAAACUUUAACCUUUAAAAAAUUAUUUCUACCUCCUUUAUAAAUCACAUUUAAUUAAAAACUUAGGUGUCAAACUCUAUAAGAGAACACUAACAACCUUUCACAAACUCUUUCUUUAUCACCCUAUAACAAUUUCUUUUUGUGUCUAAUCUACCUUGACCUAUCUAUAACAAUGAUUACCGGUAAGGAUAUAUACGAUGUUUUCGCGGCUAUUGUACCGUUAUAUGUUGCUAUGAUAUUAGCAUAUGGUUCGGUUCGAUGGUGGAAAAUCUUCACACCAGAUCAAUGUUCUGGUAUAAACCGUUUUGUCGCGGUUUUUGCAGUUCCAUUACUAUCUUUCCAUUUUAUCUCUUCCAAUGAUCCUUAUGCUAUGAAUUAUCAUUUCUUAGCAGCUGAUUCACUUCAAAAAGUAGUUAUUCUUGGUGCUCUUUUUCUAUGGAACACAUUCACAAAAAACCAAGAUAGUCUUGAUUGGACUAUUACACUUUUCUCCCUUUCAACUCUUCCUAACACACUUGUUAUGGGAAUUCCUCUUUUAAAAGCUAUGUAUGGUGAUUUCUCAGGAAAUCUCAUGGUACAAAUUGUUGUUCUACAAAGUGUUAUUUGGUACACUCUUAUGUUGUUUUUGUUUGAAUAUAGAGCUGCUAAACUUCUUAUAACAGAACAGUUUCCUGAAACUGCAGCUUCUAUAACAUCAUUCAAAGUUGAUUCUGAUGUUGUUUCGCUUAACGGUCGAGAACCACUUCAAACUGAUGCUGAAAUAGGUGAAGAUGGUAAACUUCAUGUUGUUGUUAAAAGAUCAACUACUAACUCUAUGGUAUCUGGAUCAUUCAAUAAAUCUCAUUUAAACAAUAUGACACCACGCGCUUCGAAUCUUACCGGUGUUGAGAUAUAUUCGGUUCAAUCAUCAAGAGAACCAACACCAAGAGCUUCUAGUUUUAACCAAACUGAUUUUUAUGCCAUGUUUCAAAGUAAAGCGCCGAGUCCGAAACAUGGUUAUACAAAUAGUUUUCAAAGUAAUAAUGGUAUUGGUAGUGAUGUUUAUUCUAUGCAAUCUUCGAAAGGGGUAACGCCAAGGACUUCGAAUUUCGAAGAUGAGACGUUGAAGAUGCAUAAAAAGAGAGGAGGGAGAAGUAUGAGUGGUGAGUUGUUUAAUAAUGGUGGUUCUUAUCCUCCUCCAAAUCCAAUAAUUUCAGGUUCUACAAGUGCUGGUACAAAGAAGAAAGAUAGUGUUGGUGGUGGAAGUGGUAAUGGACCUAAUAACAAAGAGUUACACAUGUUUGUUUGGAGUUCAAGUGCUUCACCUGUUUCUGAAGGGAAUCUUAAACAUGCAGUUAAUAGAGCUGCUUCUACUGAUUUUGGCACUGUUGAUCCUUCCAAAUCUGUUCCACAUGAUCAAACUAUUCUUGCAUCAAAAGGUGUUAAUGAAUUGAUUGCGAACAUGAGUCCUGGCCGGAGAGAAAGGGAUAUGGAAAUCGAGGAAGGAACAAAGUCUCCAUAUAUUAGCCAGAAGAAGAUGGAUUUGGAAGGAGGGGAUGUAAACAAAAACACACAGAUGCCACCAGCAAGUGUGAUGACAAGACUCAUUCUCAUCAUGGUUUGGAGGAAACUCAUCAGAAAUCCAAAUACCUACUCAAGUCUUAUAGGACUUAUUUGGUCUCUUAUAUCAUUUAGGUGGCACAUUGAAAUGCCCUCGAUUGUAAAAGGUUCAAUCUCAAUACUAUCUGAUGCUGGUCUUGGAAUGGCCAUGUUCAGUCUUGGUUUGUUCAUGGCAUUACAGCCUAAGCUGAUUGCAUGUGGAAAACGAGUUGCGACAUUUUCUAUGGCUGUUAGGUUCUUGACUGGUCCUGCUGUGAUUGCAGCUACCUCAAUCGCAAUUGGUAUCCGUGGAGUUCUCUUACAUGUUGCAAUUGUUCAGGCUGCCCUUCCCCAAGGUAUUGUUCCCUUUGUGUUUGCCAAAGAAUACAAUCUCCAUCCAGAUAUACUUAGUACUGCGGUUAUAUUUGGAAUGUUGAUUGCAUUGCCUAUAACAAUACUCUACUAUGUGCUUCUUGGAGUAUAGUCUAUUUUUGAUGCAAAAGCAAUUAUGUUGUAUUAAUUAGAAAAUAUUAUUAUUGGAUUUCAUUAGAGAAGGAAAUGGAAAGGAUAUACAGUAUAGCAGAAUGCUAAAUAUAUAUUAAUUUUGAUUGAAAUGAAAAUUUAGGUUUGAUUUGUUCCAUAUUUCCAGCUGAUUGUUAAUAAUUUGUCAUAUGAAAAAUGUUUUGAUUAUAGGUUAGGAUAGCUAGAGAUUGUAGCCUAUGAAAUUGAUGUAUGUUUUUAGUCUUUCAGAUUAGUUAAUAUUAAAAACAGUCUUGAAAGUUGAAA